AUACCAAGUGUGCAUCUAAUUCGAUGUGUAUUGAUCGAGUUUAGCCCACCGAGUCGGAGUAAAUGCAAAAGCUGGGAGCGCGUCACGACCACGCGGCUCUGUUGUGUUUUAUUGGAUAUGUGCGACGUUGCAGUCGGCGUGAAGAGAGGAUCUGAUGAGCUGAGUAUGUACAACAAUCCCAUCUCUGGCAUGAGCAGUGCGAGUGAUGGGACAUCCAAUGGAAAUGGUAGUAAGAAACUCAGGGUGGAGGAGGCUCCACCGUCGCGUGUGAUCCACAUUCGGAAGCUGCCAAACGAGGCCACUGACGCUGAAGUUAUCGCUCUUGGCUUGCCUUUUGGCAAAGUCACCAACAUUCUUAUGCUAAAGGGGAAGAACCAGGCUUUCCUUGAGAUGGGAACAGAGGAAGCAGCUGUCACGAUGGUUAAUUACUACAACACAGUUCCCCCACAUAUCCGUAAUGUCACCAUCUUUGUUCAGUUCUCCAACCACAGAGAGCUCAAAACUGAUGCUGGCAACCAGCGGACUCAGGCCGUGCUGCAGGCGGUGUCCACCGUCCCGUCUCCCGGCUCAGACGAGGUUCCCACCGCAGCGUCCAGCCCCGUGCUGCGGAUCAUCAUCGACAACAUGUUCUACCCCGUCACCCUGGACGUGCUGCAGCAGAUUUUUUCCAAGUUUGGCACAGUUAUGAAGAUAAUCACAUUCACCAAGAACAACCAGUUUCAGGCUCUGCUGCAGUUCAGUGACCCUGUGAAUGCACAACACGCCAAACUGGCACUGGAUGGUCAGAACAUCUACAAUUCCUGUUGCACGCUGCGUAUUGACUUCUCCAAGCUGGUAAACCUGAAUGUUAAGUACAACAACGACAAGAGUCGUGACUACACGAGGCCUGAGCUGCCGGCCGGGGACAGGCAGCCCAGCCUGGACCCGGCUGUAGCCGCCGCCCUCAGCAAGGACUCCGGCUCCCUCCUCGGUAAGAUACCAGGAGCCCUAAACCCUUUAGGUGCAGCUGCCGCCGCUGCUGCUGCUGCUGCUGCUGCUGCUGCUGCUGCUGCUGCUGGGAGGGCGGCGCUGGCCGGGCCGCUGGGAUCCAGCGGGGUCUUGCUAGUAAGCAACCUCAACGAGGAGAUGGUUACGCCCCAAAGUCUGUUUACCCUCUUCGGGGUGUACGGUGAUGUCCAGAGGGUGAAAAUUCUCUACAAUAAGAAAGACAGUGCGCUGAUCCAGAUGUCGGAUUCCAACCAGGCCCAGCUCGCAAUGAGUCACCUGAACGGCCAGAAGAUGCACGGGAAGAUCAUCAGGGUGACGCUGUCCAAGCACCAGGCCGUGGCGCUACCCCGGGACGGCCUGGACGACCAGGGCCUCACCAAGGAUUACGCUAACUCCCCACUUCAUCGCUUCAAGAAACCUGGUUCCAAGAACUUCCAGAACAUCUUCCCGCCUUCCGCCACUCUUCACCUCUCCAACAUCCCGCAAGAUGUGACGGAAGACGACCUGCGGCUUCUCUUCUCCAACACGGGAGGAAGCGUGAAAGCCUUCAAGUUUUUCCAGGAUCGCAAAAUGGCUCUGAUACAGAUGUCAACAGUGGAAGAAGCCAUCCAGUCCUUGGUGGACCUUCAUAAUUCCAACAUGGGAGGCAACCAGCACCUGAGGGUGUCUUUCUCCAAGUCCACCAUUUAAGACCAGAGCCCAGAGACUGGUGGCU